GACUAAUGCCAGAAAACACGAUUCUCUAAAGAAAGUGAGUCGAGUUUCUCGGAAUUCCGAAUUAGUUUACGGACCAAAUAUGAAAUGUUAUGUUCAUAAAGUGUUCUUGAGUGAAAAACGUCCACGUGCGCUGUUUUGGUAACUAGUCAAAGUUUGACGCAACAUCCGGGUACUGACGGUAAUGGUGGCGUAGCGGUGUGUUAAACGUGUUUCUGUGGCAGCCUGCCUUUUAUUUGUCCAAGUAUGUUGCAUGCCUUGUGAGGUGAAGCAUCGAUUUGUGGUGCUGUUUGGGUCCCAGAAGGGCCAAGCUCAGGCUAUAGCUGAGGGGAUAGCCGAGGAGGCUGAGGAGCACGGUCUGACUGCUGAUCUCAGCUGCUUGGACCAAAAUGAGAAGUACAAUUUGGAGACGGAGCAUGCCCCAGUGAUCUUUGUUACAUCCACCACUGGAGACGGAGAACCACCAGACAAUGCCCUCAAAUUUGUAAGGCGGAUCAAGAAGAACACUCUUUCCUCUGACCACUAUAAACACCUUUGCUUUGCACUUUUAGCAUUAGGAGACACCAAUUAUGCAAAUUUCUGCAACUGCGGGAAGACAAUUGAGCGUCGGCUGCAGGAACUUGGAGCCAAGCAGUUUUAUCCGACAGGAUAUGCGGAUGAUGGUGUAGGGUUGGAGGUGGUUAUUGACCCUUGGAUCAGAGGACUGUGGGAUGCCAUCAAAGAGGCUUUAUCAAAAAUGGCUUCUGGUAGGACUGCUCUCUUGAAAGAGAACGAUGAUUCCGCAAAAGAGAUUCCAGACAUCCAGCUCAACAUUUUAAGCAUUGCUGAUGAGAAGCGCUGUGAGCCAGUCGGUUCCUCUCUGAGCACGGACUCUAAACAUGCAUCUUCUCCCGCCGUUACUGAUCUCAAGCCAGCUGCUUCUGCAGGUAGCUCUGGGCUUCCAUCUUUGUCCUCCAGUAUCUCCACACCAACCACCUGUAAUGACACGGUUCCUAGCGUAAAAUUGGCUCCAUCGCUGACAUGCUCCCUACCGCCGCUGUCUACGUCCUCGCUUAAUGUUCCUGCUCUGCCUCCCCCCUACUUGGAUGUUACAUUUCAGAAGGUGGACACUAUGGAACAGAUGGCUGGACCGUUGAACAAGGAGACUCUUCAUGAGGUGCCUAUAUCCAAAGCAGUUCAGCUGAGCAGAGACGAUUCAGUCAAGACGGCUCUGCUGCUGGAGCUGGACAUCUCUGCUUAUCCUACAAUGAUUUAUCAGCCUGGAGAUUCGUUUGACGUGUUCUGCCCCAACACAGAGGAAGAGGUGGACAAAAUGCUCUGCAGGCUGAACCUUCAGGACCAAAAAACCCAUCGUGUUCAUGUUACUCUGCAACAGGAGACGAAGAAAAAAGGUGCCCAGCUGCCACCCCACGUCCCCCAGAAUGUUUCUCUGCUGUUCCUGUUCACGUGGUGCCUAGAGAUCAGAAGUGUUCCUAAAAAGGCUUUGCUUCGAGCGCUGGUGGAACACACCGCAGACGGCGCUCACAGGAGGAGACUGCAGGAGCUCUGCAGUAAACAAGGCGCUGCAGACUACAACCUGUACGUACGAGAUCCAAGCCUCAGCGUUCUGGAGCUCCUCACAGCCUUCCCAUCCUGCUCACCUCCUCUCAGCCUCCUCAUAGAGCAUUUGCCGAAACUGCAGCCCCGGCCUUAUUCAGCAGCCAGCUCCUGUCUUAAGCACCCAGGAAAGCUAUGUUUUGUCUUCAACUUGGUGGAGUUGCCAGCAUGCUGUGGGAGGCCUGCAGGCCGCCGAGGCUUGUGUACCGGCUGGCUGUUUGACCGUAUCAGUCCUGGCCUGGUUGUCCCCGGGAAGGCCGAGUCUUCCAGCAUCCCGUCUCUGCCAAAGAUUCAUGUGAGUUUGAGACCCAACUGCUCCUUUCGACCUCCUCCACAUCCGUCAGUGCCCUUCAUAAUGGUCGGACCUGGCACUGGAGUUGCUCCUUUCAUAGGCUUCCUCCAGCAAAGAGAGGAGGAGAGGAAGGAGAACCCCGAGGCCGCGUUCGGUGAGACCUGGCUCUUCUUUGGUUGUCGCCAUAGAGACAAAGACUACCUGUUCAGAGAGGAUCUGGAGAACUUGGUGUCCAGUGGCACCCUGACCCACCUCAAAGUGUGCUUCUCCAGGGACCAUCAAGAGGAUGAGGAUGCCGUCGCCCCGGCAACACAACCCAGAUACGUCCAACACAACCUGCUGCUCAACUCCCAGAAAGUUACGGACGUCCUGUUCAGACAGAACGGCUCUAUCUACGUCUGCGGGGACGCUAAGAACAUGGCUAAAGACAUUAACGAGACCCUGGUGGAGAUCAUUAAAGCAGAGCUGCAUGUGGACCAACUGGAGGCCAUGAAGAAGCUGGCAGAGCUCAGAGAGGAGAAGCGCUACUUACAGGACAUCUGGGGCUGACCGAAUGAAGGGAUGAAGGCAUUUUUACAGCAUCUGCUCUACUCUUAACAUUUUCAAAUAAAAAAAAUAAAUGGAGAAAGACAAAUCAGCCCGCUCAGCUGUAACCUCUGGAACUAUUAAACCGUCUGUGCUGAAGCCUGGUGUAGUUUACACCACCCAAUGUCACGAAGAUGGAGUGACCCGUGGAUAUGGGUUCAGUCCACCUUCUUUGCCUUUGCUGUUUGGACAGAGCUGACCUUGGUCCGGGCAGCGGGGCAGGAGAUUAGUUCUGCAGAGCUAAACAGGCUUUUAGUGCAGACAGCACUCCUCCGUUUGUCCUUUCUGAUGAAAAGGCGUUUAUUACUGUCGGCCAUAAUGGAGUGACUUUGUUGAGACUGAGAACGCUCCAACCCGGAUGGAAACAACGCAUCAAUCUGUCGUUCUUAAACAACACACACACACAACACAAUGAUUGUGAUCAUUUAGAGAAGCAAAAUGUUGUUUUUCCUUCAGGUAUUUUUGCUUUGUGGGUGUCAAGACACCAUUUCUGGGUGAAUGUACCACAGUUUGCUUUUAUUAAGACUUCUGACUGACUUAUCAUUCAAUAUUUCUUGGUGUUUAAGGAAAUAAAUCCCAAAUCCAA